GCUAGACGGAAGAAAAUAAAAGAUGGCCAGAAUUUUCAUAUAUUUUGUUCUCAGUGGAAUUAUUGGACUAGAGUUGGUAUCUGGAGAUUGCGAUCGUUACUACGGACCAGUUGGUACUCCUGAAUGUGUGCUUUUAACUCCAUAUUAUUUCAAGUACCAAUGGGCGACAUGCUUAACUAAUAAAUACAUACAGACGGUGUCAAAAGGAAACGCCAUAUGUAGGGACAACACCGCAACCUACUGCUACUACCAAUGCAUGAUGGAAUUGUAUGAAGUUGCUCAAUGACAAGUUAGUAACGAUUGUGCGUGUGGAGUUGAUGCCCCACAACAAACACAAACUCCACCUACGAAUCAAACUCAGCUUCCGAGUCAUUGCUACAGUCCAUCCGGUAAAGACUGCAAUUGGUACAGCGACUGCUUGGAGAGAAGAUUCCCAUGUCAAGAAAUGCAACAAACAUCAUACGCAAUAAACUAUGGUCUAAAGUUUUGCUCCUUGUACGAAAACCAUUACCAGCGCUUCUCUUCUGAAGGUCAGCAGUGGAUUGAUGCCGUUAGAGGAUGUUUACAGGUGGCGUUAGUGCCACUUCUUCGUCCCUUUUUAACAAUCAGUUGCGGUGAAAUAAAAGAGAAAGCAUUUAAUUCUCAUUUGGGUUGUUAUACAAACCCACUUAAAAAUGCGCCAUCGUUUUGCGAUUUAUCCUUCAUGGAUAAAUGGAGAAUCUUUUAUACCGUUAUACCGGGACUGAUGUCAAAUUGUUAUCGAACAAGACAUCUCUGUAAAGAUAUAUUUCUCUCAGCUAAGCAGUUAUUGAAUGUACGCAUUGCAUGCAAAAACCGCGAAAAUUUGUCGGAAGAGGGAAAAAUUCAACAAAUCCAAAUCAGGUAUAUCGGUCUUAACAGGCAAACAAGGUCGCGGCGGUCUUUGGAAACAACAGAUGAUUAUUCAGCUGGGGCUGACCUUGUUAAAACGAUUGCAAAUGAAAUGGAAUGGGAUUUAAAAGGAGUGACAUGGGUAGCAUACUUUCAAAACAACAUAACGGCAGACGAAUCCUUGCAGUAUUCGAGAAAGCACUAUUUAAAUAUCUUACUUGCACCCAGCAAAUUAUACAAUCUAAAUGACAGAAGGAACGCUUCCUCGGAUGCUAAUAUCACCAUCGUUGUUGGCGAAAUAACUCAAGCAUUCCGUGAUGGCAUUCUCAGUUCAGAUAUGAUCACUGAAAUUUCCCUCGUAAAAUUCGCGGUGUGCGCUGACUACAACUGCUCUAACAAAACUAUCGAAAUCGAACCGUCUGCCAGUAAAAGAGAUACAGAAGAAGGGUUCUGGUCGUUAACAAACAGAAUUUUUAUUGCAAUCGGGGCUUUUCUGCUUUUGAUAAUAUUUAUUUCUGUAAUUAUAUGCCUGAACCGGCGCAAUGCAAGCAAAAUUAUUUAAAAGCUAUGUUAUCGAAACAAAGACAUAUUAAAACUGUAGUUAAUAAAUGUAAUUUGGAAACAGAUACAUAA